CAAAUAUUUUAAAUAUAUUUAUCCAUUACCAGAUGAAAUUUAUAAAGAAUAUUCCGAUCGUAUCGAUUCAUUGGAUUUUCAAUCAGACAUUUUCAAAAGACAGCAAUUUGAAUUCUUGAUCAAUGUCCUAAAAAUAACUAAGAUGACUAAGAAAGAAUUCAAAUCGUUCAAGCUCAGUUUGCCUAAACCACAUGAAAAUUAUGAAAACUAUAUGAUUAGAAUUGAGUUACUCAAAAUGAAUGGUUUUAAAGGAAUACAAUAUAUAUUUCCUGAGGAUCUUUUUGAUGAUAUAAAAAUGAGUUACCCUAAAGCCGAUGAAUUUAUCUCUGUAUAUAAAACGAGAUUGAUAUCAUAUGAUUAUGAAUGCUAUGUGAAAAAUGUUGCACAAUUCAUUCAGGAUUUUGAAGAGGUGAUAACGAAAUCGUUAGAACACAUGUUUUUUAACUACUUGUAAUGGAUUCAUCUCAGAAUACACGAAAUACUAAUGAAUUAAACUAUAAAUAUAAUUGUUGUCAUUGAACUACUGAAAUAAAAUUCUUACAGAAGCAAAUGUUUAAUAGUAUUACAUUGAUUAUUAUGUGUAAUUAAAUAAUUUAUGAUUACUACA